CUUUCCAGCACUUAUGGAGGAGGAGAAUAAGGGACGUCAAGUUUAGUGGUUUCAGACCAAGUCCAAGUGACUUUCUGAUUUUAGUUUUGUCAAUUAUCAUUCUCUCCCACCACCACCUUAACAGGUGUCGGUCGAGGAAAACCCACUUCCUACACAUUGUCCCAAACCUUGAAAGCCCCGGACACUACAAACAAUAUUCCGUGGCUAUUUAGGUAGUAUAUAUAGCCACAAUAUAUUUUGUAGCUUGGAUGUGUGGUGUGGAUAUCAAUAUUCAAACAUGAUUAUUUUUUUUCUUUUCACGAUUUAACUACGAUACUAUUUAUGGUUUGAUUUCAUAAUUUGUCUAUGGUUCAUUUUCUUCGAAAUACUACAGAUUUAAGUAUAGCUUAUAGUUAGUUAACUAGGAGAAACCCCAUAUAAUAGUCACUUUUAGUUUUAAAUUAUUUUGUAGCUGCAAAACCAUAGCCCUUUACAGUUUUGGUGUAGUGACUUUACACAAUUAGUUACGUUUUUAUGUUGUUCCAAACAUUUAUGAGACUCUAAUUUCGUCGCAUUACGUAUAUCCUCUAGACAACACAUGACAUAAAUACUAAUGGUGUGAAAGACAAGUAGAUAAGCAUAACAGUAUGAAGAGAGGUCUACAAUUUAAUGGCAGAAAAUAUUAAUUGGAGUAAGCUUGGUUUGUUUUCAAUCCUUUGACAAAAAGAAGAGAAAAGAUAGUACUCAAUCUAAUUGAUGUACAAAAGGAAAAAUAAAAUCUCAAAAGAAACCUUUUGCGCGUGCCAACCGUAGUAAAAGUGUAAAACACAUCAAAUAUUCUCUCACCCUACAAAAGAUUCUCAUGUGGCGAAGCAAAUAAAUCAUUCAUCAACACGACAUUAACACGGCUUUGUUAGACAUUAUUAGUGAAUAAUUUAUGAAGGAAUCGGCCACGUAUUACAUUAACUAACUAAAAUGAAAACAAUCAUGUUUCUAUAAUCAUGUGGAUAUCUUCUGACAGUUGACAAAAAAAUGUAUUUCUUAUGACAGUUACUACGUGAGCCCAUAUGUCUUUUGCAGAUUUCAGCCUAUUAAAACACUAACUUUUUGUUAUAUAGUUUAUUAUAUGAUGAUGAAGAUGAUAUGCUAGGAGAGAUGUCCUUAUUGAGAUUAAUUUGACUCUUUCUUCAUAGUGUAGGCAGGUGAUAAAAUACAUAAACAAGAAGAUUUGUCCAGAGAGAGUUGUGGUGAGUCAUAGGUAGGACCAAUAGCCGUACGAGAAAAAGCUUAUAACAGUCGAGUGUCAGUUGGUCAGCAGAAGGAUGGGACCCACAACUUCCUCAACGUAAAACAGUUGAAAAUGACAAUGUACCACGUGUCAGUGACGUGGUCCAACUGCCAAUAACUGACACCAACCUCCACCAUAUCCAAUAAAGUACAUCUCUUAAUCUCUGCCUGUGCGCAUUUAUAUAUACCUUUUGAUUGAUUAAAAGGUUUCAUAUUCGUUAGUUCUUAAUCUCUUUGUAAAUGCACAAUCCGCCAUGUUAAAUGCUGUGGAUUAGUGGAUAUAGUGAGACGCAGACUCAUAUCAAUAUCAUUGGUAUAAUUUUCACUAUACCAGUUGAAACUAAAAAGAUCCAUUGAAUUAAAAUGUUGUUGGUGUUUGUUUUUCCAUAACGUUUGUUACUAUGAAAUAAAAAUACUAAUAUUGAGAAAACAUGUUUAUUUUUCAGUAACACCUAUAAUAAUAUCACACUGAAUUAUAGACAAAUGUUUGAAAUAAAGUGUUUUACCAAGAAUGAGUUUGUACUUUAUAGUAAAACAUAUGUAGAUUAGAAGACUUGACCUUGACCUACCAUAAGAUAUUUAUUAUUCAGAUCUCCGCCUGAAGAUCACAUUUCUUUUUGGAAUCAAGACCACAUUUUUAGUUAUAAAAAUAUGGUUAUACUUCUUACAUAUUUUAAGUUUAAUCAGCCAUACUUUAACAGCGACAAUAAUAACUAAUCCAUACGGCGCGACGUCACGUACUACCAUUAGAUGAAAUGGACAUGAUUUUUCACACAUUAAAAUAGAUAAGAUUGGUGUUCAAAAAUGUACUAGAUCAAAGUUUUAUUAUAGAAGAAAGAAAGCACUAAAAGUAAGUAUAUAUAAAUGUAAACACAUCAUAUAGUAUGGUAACAUCUCAUAACAAACAAGUAUUUCAGAAUAAAAUCUCUUAUCGUAUAAAGCAAAAUAUGUUAUCAAACUUCUUAAUUAAAAAAUAUAUAUAAAAAUUUCUUAUUUUUACAAACAGCAAAUUAACGUGUGUGUCCAUUUUUUUGUCGACAGUGUUCUUUUAAAAGGGCAUUGAUUAAAACCCGUAGGACAAGCUGAGCCACAAAAGAAAAGAACAUGCAACAUUUGACCGUUGAACUGUGGUUAACACGACGCGUGGAGUAAUGUAUCAUGUAGGGUAACAUUGUUGGGACUGACCUUCGAACUCGAUAAGAAAGUCACAUUCCAUACUCCUGCGUUGCCUGUGGGUUGCAUUGUCACAUUCCAUACUUCUAAAAUCAUUAUAAUCAAAAAAUGUAAAUCUUAGAGAAAGAUGACGUCGUGAAACCAUCGUUCGAAAUUCUUGUUUAUCGUUGCGGGAGUUUAAAUGUAAACAACAUAUUUUUAUUAACCUAAAAUAUCCUUUUUAUAUUUAUUAACCUAAAAAAUCAUGAACUUAUGGAAUGACUACAUUUUUUUUUAAAGAUGCAAUCCACGUAUAAACUUUUUUCGAAUAUUAAUAUGAGGUUCAAAACAUUACUGCAUAUUCACAAUCACACAGAAUUAACUUUUCAAAAGUGACGAUCACUAAAUUAUCGAUACGUGGUUAGCAAAAACUAUCUUAGACCAUCUUCAGUAGAAUACUAUUUUCUUUACUAUAUUUUACUUUUAAAUAAAUAAUUCUAUGAUAAAGUUAGAUAUACUUCAAUGGUUUAACUUUAUAAUUAAAUUACUUUAUUAUAGAGUAAAAUAUAGAGAUAUAUUAUAUUUUUACUAUAUUUUUAGAGUAAAGUGGUUACAAUCUUCGAUAUUCUACUUUAUAUUAGAAAAACUCUAUAGAAUUAAAUCUUUGAAGCAAAUCUAAUUCUAUAAUAUAAUUAAUCUAUUUUAAAAUAAAAUAUAGAGAAAAAAUAGUGAUCUUUCUCUAUUAUACCACAAAAAAACGUAAAGUCCAACGCCACUAGUUUUACAUUUUUUGAAAAGUGGCAUUUGCUUUUAGAAUCCAACAAUAGUAAAUAAGAAUUUUGAACAAUGGUUUUUGACUUUACAUUUACGUUUAAUAAUUAUAAUAUAUAUAUAUAUAUAUAUAUUUGAUUAGUCUUUCUUUUGAACUUUCCUUUUUGUUUGGAAUUUUCUUUAUGUCUCUAGUUUUGGUAUUUAAAUUUUCAGAUCACAAAAAUAUUAAAUGUUCAAUAAAAAGAUAUGCCUGUUAAAUGGCAACACUGCUAAGCUAAACACAUGCAAUGUUAACAAUUUUCCUCAUAUCCACCAUCAUUAUAAAUGCUUUAGAUUUUUAAUAAAUGCCUACCAUUAAGAAUAGAUACAUAUGGCUGAUAAACAUAAAAGAUAUUAUAAUGUCAAGGACACAAAUAACAAUAUACAAUCUGGCUUAUAAUAAUUGUAUCUUUAGAGUCUUUUUUUUUGAUAAAAGAUUUUCUAAGUCUUUUAUUGUUCAAUGUAAAAGUAUAUAUUUAAAAAAAAAAUUAAAUCUAAGUUAAUUAGGUAGCCAAGGGAAAUUGCCACUGCUUCAUCUUCCCCUAUAAAUUGCUUUCAUUUUCCUUCUCCCUUAUAACCAAGUACAUGUUUGGUUUUGAGAUAGCAUCAUAGAAUCUGUUGGGCUCUAAAAUAUAUUUUUUUCUUUACUUUUGGAAAAAGGAAGAAGAUGAAGUACGUGCUUGUAACAGGAGGUGUUGUGAGUGGAUUAGGAAAAGGAAUCACAGCGAGUAGUAUUGGUGUUCUUCUUCAAUCAUGUGGUCUUCGUGUUACUUGUAUCAAAAUAGAUCCAUAUCUUAACUAUGAUGCUGGAACCAUAUCUCCUUAUGAACAUGGUGAAGUGUUUGUCUUAGAGGAUGGCAGUGAGGUGGAUCUUGAUCUUGGAAACUACGAGAGGUUUCUAGGUUGCACACUAACCCGAGAUAACAAUAUCACUCUUGGAAAGAUUCAGCAGCAAGUAAUGGAUAGAGAGAGGAAAGGAGAUUACUUAGGAACUACUGUUCAGAUUGUUCCUCACGUCACUGAUGCAAUAAAAGAAUGGGUGGAGAGAGUUGCCAUGAUUCCUGUAGAUGGAAAGGAAGGUCCUCCUGAUGUUUGCAUCAUCGAAUUAGGUGGAACUAUAGGAGAUAAUGAAUCUAGGCCUUUCACUGAUGCACUUAGCCAAUUAUCAUACAGUGUAGGACCUGAGAAUUUCUGUCUGAUCCAUGUCACCCUUGUGCCUGUGCUCAGUGUUGUUGGUGAACAGAAAACAAAACCAACACAGCACAGCAUUAGAGAUCUACGAGGACUGGGCUUGUCACCUGAUAUUAUAGCUUGCCGAAGCACAAAGGUACUUGAAGAGAAUGUAAAAGAAAAGCUAUCUCGAUUUUGCUAUGUUCCGGUGCAGAAUAUCUUAUCUCUCCAUGAUGUUCACAACAUCUGGCACAUUCCCUUGUUGCUCAAGGAUCAGAAUGCUCAUGAACCAAUCUCAAAAGUCCUGAACCUUGCUGGAAUAGCUGAAGAACCUUCUUUAGAAAAAUGGGCUUCAAUGGUGGAAAUUAGUGACAACUUACAUGUACAGGUGAGAAUAGCUGUGGUGGGGAAAUAUACAGACCUCUCAGAUGCAUAUCUAUCAGUCUCGAAGGCCCUCAUGCAUGCUUCUGUGGCUUUUGGCAAAAAGCUUGUAGUUGAUUUGGUUCCAUCUCCUGAUCUUGAGAAGACCACAAUGAAAGAGAACUCAUCCGCAUACAAGGCUGCGUGGAUGUUACUGAAGGGUGCAGAUGGAGUUAUUAUCCCUGGAGGGUAUGGUAAUAGAGGAGUGGAAGGGAAGAUUCUUGCAGCCAAAUACGCUAGAGAAAACAAUAUCCCUUUCCUAGGUAUCUGUCUUGGGAUGCAGGUCGCUGUCAUCGAGUUUGCACGCUCAGUUCUCUGCUUGCCUGAUGCAAAUAGCACAGAGUUUAAACCUGAAACCAAACAUCCAUGCAUAGUCUUCAUGCCUGAGGGCUCCACGACUCACAUGGGAGGAACAAUGAGAUUAGGCUCAAGAAGAUCUUACUUCCAUGUCAAGGACAGCAUAUCUGCAAGACUAUAUGGGAACAAAGAGUUUGUUGAUGAGAGGCAUCGCCAUAGAUACGAGGUGAAUCCUGAUAUGGCUGUAUGCCUCGAGAAAGCAGGUCUCUCGUUCGCUGCAAAAGAUGAAACUGGCAAACGCAUAGAGAUUGUUGAAGUACCAAGCCACCCUUUUUUCAUUGGUGCUCAAUUCCAUCCUGAAUUCAAAUCAAGACCCGGGAAAGUAUCUCCGUUGUUCUUAGGACUAAUAGCAGCAGCAUGUGGUGAGCUAGAUGCAGUCCUGACUCCAGUCUCCAUUCAACAAGACAACAACCAACAUGUGGUACUUGGCAAUGAAACAAGGGUUGAUCCAAUAAAUGGUUUUUGUAAUGGAACCAACAAGACCUCUCAGAAAAGUGUAAGACAUAACAAUGACCUCUAUCUCCAUCAGAUUUCAAAGAGCAGCCGACGUAAACUAAACGGCAAUCCUUAUUUUGAUUCUGAGUGAUAUAAGUAAAUGUAAAAUGCUAUGCAUAAUAAACUAAAUAAACCUUGUAAAAUAAUUCUGACAACUAUUCUAUAACUUUAACAUUUUUAAUACUAAGGAUACAAAUUGUAAAACUGUGAAGUGUAAGAUCCAUCACUUACAUUCAUAUGUUAAAAUAGUUGGUUAAAUAAAAAACAGAUCAAAACACUCAUAUAAGUUUCAUGAUC